GGAUGUGUGUGCAUCUAUGUGCAUGUGCCAUGUGUGUGUUUGUCUUUAGUCAGUGGACACAGUGUAAUCAGGCAUGCUGCUUGAUCAUUGCUAAACUCCUGACACUUUGGACCCAGCAUGGAGACGGGAAAGCAGCUAACAGGCACUCUAGCUCUGGCUGUGUUCACAUCCACUCUGGGAUCCCUACAAUAUGGAUACAGUCUUGGAGUCAUCAACGCACCCCAAAAGAUCAUUGAAAAGAGUUAUGGCCAGUCCCUGGGUGUGUGGGCAGAAAGGGCUGCAGGUUCAUCAGAAAACAUCACAGAAGAAGACCCAGGUCACCACCCUUCUGUGAUCAUGUAUUGGUCAUUGUCAGUGUCAAUCUUCUCCAUCGGUGGCAUGGUAUCCUCCUUCUUGGUUGGAUUUGUGGGAGAUCUGAAAGGGAGGGUAAAAGGGAUGUUAAUGGUCAAUGUUCUGGCUGUAGCAGCUGGACUGCUGAUGGGUCUUUGUAAGAUGUGGAAGCCACACAUCAUGGUCAUCUCAGGCCGCGCUGUUAUGGGUUUCUAUUGUGGUCUGACAUCUGGGCUAGUGCCUAUGUACAUUGGGGAGAUUGCACCAAAAGCUUACAGAGGGGCUCUGGGAGCAUUACACCAGCUCGCUGUUGUCAUUGGCAUUCUAAUCAGCCAGGUAAUAGGUUUGGAUUUUGUGCUUGGUAAUGAUGAAAUGUGGCCCCUGUUGCUCGGUCUGUCUGGAGCGCCAGCAAUAUUACAAUCCCUUCUGCUGCCUCUUUGUCCUGAGAGUCCACGAUACCUUUACAUCCUAUUGGGCAAGGAGCAAGAGGCUCGACACAGUCUGUGUCGUCUAAAGGGGCCGCAUGAUCCAACUAUUGAUCUGGAAGAGAUGAGAAGGGAAAAAGAAGAGGCAAGCAAAGAGGCUAGAGUAUCUAUCUUUUCUUUGAUCUGCUCUUCUGUAUACAGAAAACAGCUGGUUGUUGCCCUCAUGAUGCACCUCUCCCAGCAGUUUUCUGGCAUCAAUGCUAUCUUUUACUACUCCACGGCUAUCUUCUCUCGAGCUGGUGUCAGUCAUCCAGUUUAUGCCACUAUAGGAGUCGGGGUCAUUAACACGAUCUUCACUCUGGUGUCUGUGGCACUUGUGGACAGGGCUGGCAGACGCACUCUAACUCUGGUUGGUCUUGGGGGAAUGUGUUGCUGUGCUGUUGCCAUGACAGUGGGCCUCAAAUUACAGAAUGAAUAUUCGUGGAUGAGCUACGUCAGCAUGUCAGCUAUCUUCCUCUUUGUAAGUUUCUUUGAGAUUGGGCCUGGUCCCAUUCCGUGGUUCAUAGUGGCUGAACUGUUCAGCCAGGGACCUCGACCUGCUGCUAUUGCUCUAGCUGGCUGUUGUAACUGGACCAGCAACUUCAUCAUAGGCAUGACCUUUCAGUAUAUACAGGCUUGGUUGGAUUCUUACGUAUUCAUCCUGUUUGCUGUGCUGCUUCUUGGCUUCGUACUCUUUAUUUAUUUUCGGGUGCCGGAAACCAAGGGUAAAACCUUUGAAGAGAUUGCUGCUAUUUUCCACAAGGGACGUCGGAUCCCUACAGAUAAUGGUGAACUACAAGAGCUCAAAUCAUCCACAGAUGCCUAAAACAAAAGCUGUUUGCUUUUGAAGUCUUAUUCUAUGAUAUACAAGUGCAUGUUCAAUAUUAUUUCAUAGAUGCUCUUUUAUCACACACUUAUCGAUUUAGUGUUAUAAUGACUACUUGAUUUGUUAAACAGAAAUGUUUGAAGGUUUGUGAACUACACAAAAACCAACGCUGAAAUGUUGGAAAGUGUCAUGUUUCCGUUAUGCACGGAGAAAGGUUUACAUUUUAUCAAAAUAUGAGGGAAACUUUCAAAGAAGCUACAAUCACUGACAACACAUGACAUAACUGACUCAACAGAAAAUUACAACCCAACUCUGCAGUUCACCUCAGCUCUACAGAACUUGGUUUAUAUAUGUAGCAUCAUUAGUUUCCAGGAUACUUACUAUUGUUUUGGUUCUCUUCUAUCUUCCUCAUAGUGAUAUUUAGAGCCAUUGCACAUUCAUUAUUUUUAAGUAAAUACGCUAUAUGUAAACUACCUACUCAAGACCAAAACUGAAUAGGCACCAGCUUAUGAAUACUGAAAUAUUUAGGAGCUAAAGAGGUAGAUAUCAGCAUAUGAACAAGUGGAGAGCAACAAAUAGAGCAAAAAGGGGAAUGAAUAUUGGAUUUGAAUUCAUGCUUGGUUUCAAAUUAAUACUAAUUUUGCUCUUUGUGCUGAUGUGUAAAAUACUCAACUUUUCAGCUUUCAUCUUCUGCCCCCUAGUGGUUAUAAAAAAUAGUGCUAGAUUAUUGGCAUUAAAGCAUAAAAAACUUAAAACUGUGCAAUUAAUGUAUGAGCUAAUGAAACAGCACUGAAGUUUAAAGUUGAAACACAAGAGACAACAAA